UCUUAUUCAUGUUCCUUGCCACGACCGUUGCUGUCGCAGAGAUCGCGCUCUUUACCCGUAUUAUGCGUAAUCUUAUCGUAAUGUGUUCAAUGUGCAAAACGUACUGUGUAUUCGGUGUGUAAAAUUUAUAACAGAAUAGCAUUAAAGAAUUUAGUGUUUAGCAAGAAAGGUACCGUCUACGCUAUGAUAGUACACCGAGAUUCCGGUGGUCUUGUUCUUUUUGUUUCCCCGGUGGUUCGUGCGCGACUUCGACACAGUGCUACCUAUACCAUGUGCAUCAGAUAGUGUCGUGCUCCUAUUAGUUUGUCGACAAACUAAUAUGCCAGCUCUGAGUGACUACAGUGCGUGGUGAGCGCUGAGUGUUUCGGUGAUUCACAGUGUGGUCGUAAUAUGAAGGUGACGGUGUGUUUUGGUUCUGUGCGGGUGCUGGUGCCCUGCGGCGCUGGCGAUCUGCUGGUCAGGGACCUCGUACGCGAGGCGACGCUCCGCUAUAAGAAAGCAACUGGACAGGGUCCUGAAACAUGGGUAGGUGUAAGAGCACUCCGCGCCAGUUCUGGAGGUAUCCUGGACCCCGAUGACCGAGUGCACGACGUGGCUGACGAUCGGGAGACCCUAACAGCGGAGUGCACCAACCAAGCGCCGCAGCCAAGAGCAGCACAGGCAGAUGGCGCCAGUGGGUCAUCAGCUGGGACCGCCUCCCCCGAUAUGUUUCGAGGUGGUGGUGGCGUGGGCGGCAGUAUGCGGGUACCCAACACGGACUCGUGUGUGGAAGUCGGAGCAGCAGACCUCGAGGACGGCGCCAACGGCUUGCAGGUCCGACGGGGAAGCGAACCCACACUGCACCAAGACACCCUCCCAUCACAGAGACCAGUAUCAGAUCAAACGAAGCGUUGGUCGGCGGCAGUGGUAUGUCGAGAUGACAGCAGUCGAAUUAUGCAGAAGGUGCAUCCUCUAGCUGACGGUCGACCCCCUGACCCGAUGCCCGAAAGGCAUGGGCAUCCAGGACAACACUUCCAGAGACAGUCCAAUCGUUUAUCUAUGCAGUUUUCUGGUCCUGGGAGUGGUGUAUGGCUAGAUGCAGCGGAACGGAUACAAAGUUACGGCAGCAAAAGUCUACCGCGGGAUGCCCGCAAGGAUCCCCUGGGGCAGGAUACUCCAGCGAACGCUCACCAAAAUCACAGGGUGGAGGAUAUGGUGAGAUGGGUGUCAGGAGUUAACAACAUCGCCAGCGUGCAUCCUGUACAGGAGCGUCCACUUGAUCUCUUACCUGAAGUAGGCAGCAGCGAGCGCGCGGUGUCCGGCCCGGAGGUCCCGGACGGCGGCUCGCAGCCGUCCGCCGCCACAGAGAGGAUCGCCGUCUCACUGGUCAAGGGCGAGAAGGGGCUCGGGUUCACCAUCACCACCAGGGACAACCCCACCGGCGGACAUUGUCCCAUUUAUAUUAAGACCAUACUGCCCAAGGGCGCGGCGGUGUGUGACGGACGGCUGCGUGCGGGCGACCGCCUGGUAGCGGUGGGCGGCAGCAGCGUGGCGGGUCGCUCGCAGCAGCAGGUGGUGGCGCUGCUGCGGGGCACGCCCGCGGACUCCACCGUCGACAUCGUGGUGGAGCGCGCGCUCGCCAGGCCGCACCCGCACUCCCAGAAGGUGGAACAGCAAAGUCCCACGAAAUACACAGAAAAAGCAAUCGGUUCUCCGAACAGUAUAUCAAAAGAGGUUGGCAUGGAGAAUGGUCGAGUGUCCAGUAUUGUGAAUGCUAUCAACCAGAACAACAACUCGAUGCGAGGCAGGAUACCAAAAAGUUCCUCCAAAGACGACAUCCUGAGAGAGCAGAACGGUGACGUCGCGUUACAGGAUGCAUUAAAUUCUUCCACUAAUUCUAUAUUAGGACUACGAAACCGUCUGAUCCUCAGAUUAGACAUUCCAGUUCACGAUUCUGAAAAAGCUGGACUAGGCAUCAGUGUGAAAGGGAAGGUGACCGUUGGGAAUGAUCCCCAAGACCUAGGAAUCUUCAUCAAGUCCGUGCUGCAUGGUGGUGCUGCAUCCCGAGAUGGAAGACUUCACACUAACGACCAGUUGCUGAGCGUCAAUGGGGUGACGCUGGUGGGGCAGUCUAACGCGGAGGCGAUGGAAACUCUACGCCGCGCCUUGUUGCAUGCGCGCCCGCACGUACACGGCAACAUCUCGCUUACCAUCGCCAGGCGGACUGAUAGUAUGGAUAGCCUGGCUAGGUGGAAAGACGACACGCCGCCUAACGGGAACGAAUCAAAUAACUCUAUCGACAACAGUUCACAAAACUUCAACACAGUCAUCUACAACUCGAGCACCGAAAAGGAGAACAGAAGCAUAGACUAUAAUCAGAAGUAUGACCAUAAAGAAGGUCACGACAAUCACGACGGCAGAACUGGCAAGCACGCGACUAUUGUGACCAUAAAUAAUAACACCAGUUGGGUGUCGAAUCAGUCGGACGACAGUAAGGGUUAUUUAGAGAGGGACAGAAAUAACGUUCCACAUGAUACUAAAAGGGAUAGUUUCGAGUGGAGUCGACUGGACAGGUGGAACCCAGUGAUCGACCAGUUGACCGGCCUCCGAAACGAGAGUUACUACAUAGCCACCGGUCACGUGGCGCGGUCGCCUCCUGCCCAUCACAACGUCAUCCUUGAGGAGGACUACCCGACCAAUAGAGCGGGCACGGGCGGCGAGUCAGGCAGCGAGAGCGGCGCGGGAGACGCCUUCAGCCGCGACGCGGUCGGCCGCCGCUCCAUGUCCGAGAAGCGGCACGCCGCGCUCGACGCCAAGCAGACCGGCACCUACAAGAAGAUCAAGGAGAUCAAGGCCAUCAACUCACUACAAGUUGGUCCAUCACUGGGCAUGCGAAAGUCAUCAAGUCUGGAAUCACUACAAACAGCCAUACAAGAGAACAAAAGACACCCGCGGAAUGAACCUAUAUAUGCAAGAGCACACCCACCGUUAAAACAUUGGCUAACAGACGACAACACAGGUCCCGAUGGAAUCGUUAGAGGAUCACCACAACAGUCAUCACUUUCAACAAAGAAACCCUCUCUACUUAAGGCUUUAUCCACUAUGUUCAGAAUCGGCAAGCCUCACAAGCAAGAGCCGGAGAUAUACGGGCGAGCGACGCCGGGUCGCGCGUCCGAGAAGUCGCUGUCGCGCGACGCACUCGACCGGGAACGACACCGCGCCGAACGCAUCGACCGAAUAGAGGACGACAGGGUCGCCGGCGGCGUGGAGGCGGCGCCCUCGCGGCAGAGCGGCGACCGCGGCCGCGCGCCGCCCUACCGCGCCCCGCCCGCACGCACCGCGCACAACCAACACAACGCAAUGGACAGCGCUUGGGGUCCCACUGGCCAUUACGUCAAUUAUGAUGAAAUACAACAAAAUCUCAACGCACGACGUGAGAAAUUGAGCGAAGUACAGAUCGGCCAAAUGCGGCGGCAGGUGCGUGCGCAAAGGGAGAAAGCUGUCGAAGAGAGUCGUCGUACAGGCGUAGGGUCGGGUGGUUACCACUCUCAGCGCUCCUGUAAAGAGGGCGGUACGCGGCCGCAGUCCAACUAUUACGAGUACGAGACAGCGCCGCCAAGAAGACCGGGCAAGCUUUCACACUACCAUUAGCUGCUUUUACAUGACACGUUGUUUCACGUGCCAUCAGGAACGCGUGCCAAUUAACGCGAAACACCAGCGGCGCAAUCGUGAGUGAUUGUUUUAACAUACACACUGUACACUUUUAUUAUAAAAAAAUAAUUUUGAUAUUCCACAGAUUUUAUUUUCCAAAAAUGUAUAAAUUAUCAG